AUGGCAUCUUCACAAAUUGAAAUUGGAUCAUCAUCAACCCCAUUUGGACGUGUCCUUAAACUUAAAGAUCAUAAUCAUCAAGAAAGACAUAGGGAGCCAAAUUUCCAAGGCAAAUUUCAAGUUCUAGUAAGAGAUCAUCAUUUUGAUUCUUGCAUUUCUAUCUCAACAAGAGGUUCAAAUAUUGAAACCAAUGAGAAUUCCGACCUUAAGGGCACUAAUUUGGAUUGUUGGGUUGAAAAUUCUUCUAAACAUCAAGAUUAUUCAAAUAAUGAUCCCACCUGUGAAAAACAAUCUCGAGUUUAUAACAAAGGUUAUUCAGUCUCAAAUUUAGAAAAAACAAUCACAGCAACAAUUCAUACCCAAAUACACAAUAAUAAUAACAACAACAACAGCGACAAAGCCGAUAGACAACUUCACAACAAUAACAACAACAAUAAUGACAGAGCCUCAAAGCCGAAUCAGCCUACGAAUACACAAACCCACGAACCAAAAUUCAUGGGCUUGUCAAAAUGUCAUUCAAUAUCUUCAAGGGCAUCAAGUUCAAUGAGGGACCCAUCUCCAACACCAUCAGAUGCAUCAUCCAAUACUGAUAUAAGUGUUUCUUCCUUGGUUCAAAUUUGGAGGGGAUUAGAAGCUGAAGCUAAAAAUAAUCAUUGUAAUAAAAACAAUGGAAAUAAUUCAUGUAUAGACUCAAACAUAAUAAUUGAAAUGAAUAGUACAAACCCUAAUACAUCCAUGCAAGAAUCAUCAUUUACAAGACAUCAUGAUCAACACCAACAAGAUCACGUAGUUUCUUCAUUAAAGGAUCAAGAGAAAGAAGGAUUAAGGGUGGUAAAUAUGGUAAGAACAUGGGCUAAGACUAAUGAAGUUACUUGUGACCCAAGUUAUCAAGAAAAAGAACCUCCAUUUAGGGUUUGUUUGGCUAGACUAAAGAAUAUAAUGGAUAUUAAAGAGCAAAAUCAAGUUUCUUCUCCUGUUUUUUGUUCUCCUAAGCUAAGGGGAAGGCAAGCUAUUGCUGAUUUAUUCAUGAGAAUGGAAAGAGAAAGAUACAAGGAAGUUCAUCUUUUAGAAUCAAGAAGGGUUGUAACCAAGUUCCCUCUACGAGGUCGUAUCCAGUCGUUGCUCAAACUAAAGAUUCUACGAAGGGAGGCAUCAAUAGAAGAAGAGCAUGAGCAACAACAAUAUCAACGACAAAAAUCUUUACAACAACAACAACAACAACAGGCUUCACAAUUAUGGCCAUAUAAAUCAAAAAAGUUACAAAAUAGUGCUAAUAUUGAUAAUUUAAGGGAAAGAUCCAAUACAAUGACUACUCAAGAUACAAUUAGCUUGAAGGACAUUCAAAACCAUAUAACUAAUGACAUUAUAGAGGAAAAAUAUACCAAUACUUGUAACCAAAUCUCUAUGCAAAGUUGUUAUCAAGGAAAAAUGAACACCAAAAUUCCUCUUCAAAAUAAAAUAGAGAGCAAACAGGAUAAAGUGUUAACUUUAUCGUAUAAUGAAGAAUCCGAAGAACAAAAAAUUAUUAAACAUGUUAAAAAUUGCACUCCAUUUGAUAUUUAUACUCCUAAAGAGAACCAAUUAUUAGAAUAUUCUUCAAUUGAAGAUGGGGAAAACCUUCAAGAGAAAAUUACUUGUUUAGAUCAAGCUCAAAGGAAUGAAAUUGUGCCUCUACCAUGCACUAGUUGGGAAGAAGAACAAGAAGGAAAUGAUACAAGUAAUGAUUAUCAAUUAGAGAAUGAUCAACAAUACUUUGGAAAUAAUCUUGAUUGGAUUAGUGAUAUUGCUCGUCCUAAAACUUAUUGGGAAGAUAGAAGGCAAGCUUGGUAUGAAGAUAUAUUCAACACUCACUCCAAACAUGAGGAAAUAAGACAACUUAUUGAGAGAGGAAAUGUGUCAUCCAUGCUAGCAAGUGAUUUUCGAAAAAAGAUGGAUGAAUUAGUAACAUGUUCUAUCCAAAGAGUAACACAUUCAACAAUCUAUGAGGAAGAAGAAAAUUGUAAAUCAUUAAGAGCAUUAUUCUUGAAAAACCAAAGAUCAUCAUUUGUUCAUGAUCAUACAGAAGAAGAGAAUAAAUUUGUGGAUGAUAGAAAGUCGAGUUCGGGUCGACAACAACAGGGUGAUUGUGAACAAAAUGUAUCUUCUUUAUUAUCGUGGGAUUUUGGUAAUGAAGAAGAGUCUACUGAUAAUAAUUAUGAACAUGGUACAACUACACCUUUGCAACAACCUUCAUUAGAUCCUUCUUUUCAUUGUCACACCGUUGAAGGUUCAACGAUUUCACCAAUUGAUGUGGAGAUACUUUAUGAUUUAAGAGCUCACAUGCAACAACUUUACCAAGAGAUGUUUGAAUUACGAAAACAUGUGACAAUUUGUAUGGAUGCACAAUUGACAAUGCAAGAUUCUAUUAAGGAACAAGUCUUGACUACCCUUAGCCAAAUAGAUCAAGAAAAAUACAAUCAAAGAUGUCUAAAAAACGAUUUUUGUUCCGUUUGCCAUAAGAAUAAGAUAGAUUCGGUAUUAUAUAGAUGUGGUCAUAUGUGCACAUGCGUCAAUUGUGCCAACAAAUUACAAUGGAGUAGUGGGGUGUGUCCAAUUUGUCAAUCUCAAAUAGUGGAUGUAGUUCAAACAAAACAUUAA